ACAACUGCAUACGGGAAUGCCAAGCAACAAUGGCGAGUGAAGAAACGCAGGAAACGAAAAAGACAGAAGAAAAGCAACUGGAUAACGAAGAUAAACCACUAGCGGCGUCUGAAAUAGAGCAAGAGACAACAACAACAGAGGAAAUCGAAGAAGCGCAAGUGGAGGUUGCUACUGAAGCAGAUGCCACUGAAGCAGACGCUGGUAUCACAGAUGGGAAGGUGACAGACGCUGAACAGGAUACAGUCGCAGUUGAGGCACAAGUAGACGUCCCAACUGAAGGCGUCGAAGAGACUAUAAACACAGAGGCAGGAGACGAUGCAGGAGCUGAACGCGAGACUGAAGAGGAUGCCCCACCUACGCAGAGUGAAGAGAAUGCUGCGGAAGGGGCGGAUCAUGAGCAAGAGCCUAGCAAUGACCAUAGAGAAACAUUAGAAGAAGAGAAAGAAACUUUACCUGUGUCACGAGAUGAUCUAUUUGAAGAGGAUCAAGGGCCUAUUGUUACUGUGGGUGCACCGUUGUCACGGACAACAAGUCAGAUAGCAGUAGAAGAUGGUGUCAUGCUGGAAGUGCCAUCAAUUAGACCAAGCACGCCAAUCAAAUCGACAACGCCUGUUGAAAUGGAAAGUGCGGCUAUUGAAGAAGAAUAUGAAGGCGGGAUGGACAGAGUUGACAGAAAUGAGUUGAUCAGUCACUAUCAGGAGGCUCUUAUGGAGAGAGAGAAAAUAUUUGCAGCCAACAAUCAAUUGCAGCACAGACUUGCAGAUUAUUUCAGAAGAAAGAAGACUGAUGAACAUCAAGAAGUAGAAAAGAGCGUGACAGAUCAAGAGCAACGAUAUGUGAAAUGUUUAGGAGCUUUAGAAGAACAUGAAAUGGAGUUAUCUCACAUCCAACAGCAGUAUGAAGAACAACUGGCUGAGUUGAAAGAGAAAAGGCAAGAAAAACUGAGCAGAGUGGAUGCUGCAGCAGCUGAUUUUCGAAAGUUUAAACACGAACAGGCAAAAGCAGCAAUUAACACAAGAUCUGGAAAACCAAUGCAAGAGAAGGACAUUGAAGUAUAUGAGGCUCAAGAGGCUAAGAAGGAACAAGAAGUAAUUGCUGUGCGUUUGGAAAAUAUCAAGCUGAAGAACAAGCUGAAGAAGAAGGAGAUGCAACUCAAACAAAAAGAAGAGUUAGCUGAUGGACUUCAUCUCAUUGACUUUGAACAGUUGAAGAUAGAAAAUCAGACAUAUAACGAGAAGAUAGAAGAAAGGAAUGAGGAACUGCUGAAACUGAGAAAGAAGAUUACUAGCACAGUACAAGUGCUUACUCAUGUCAAAGAAAAACUUCAAUUUAUGCAGGCAGAAAACACUGAUCGUCAAAGGGAUCUUGAUCGAAUAGACACUUUGCAUGCUGAGAAACGAGAUAUUCUCACUCGCACCAAGCAAGCUAGAGAUGCAUUGCGUAUGGACAACAGCCGAUUACGUGCCAAGUGUGGACUGCUUGGACAGGAGUCACUGCUUAGAGACUUUGAGGAGAGAAGAGAUGAGUCUGAACAUUUGAGAUCAAGACUGGAUGAACUAAAGCUACUACACACUCAAUUGACUCUUGACUGUGAUGGACUUCGCCAAAAGAUUGAACAAAGCAAGCAAGCAAAAACAUUUUAGACUGUAGUACCUGUGACACAAUAAGGACUGUGAAUCGUGUUUAGUAAAUAUCUUGUGUAAAUGAUCAACAAUAUACACACAGAAGUGUCAGCUA